UCCAGGGUCACUGCUACGCUUUCCUCUGCUCUUUUGGACUUUUUUCUUCUUCUCUGAUCUCUUGCGAUAAAUACAGAUUACCAAUGUUUACCAUGGAUUUAGUAUUUUCAAAUUAUUGUAAUGCAUUGUAAGGAUCCCUGGAUAUCCACCCUUCUUGGGUGUUACUAUUGAGGUGAAACUUCAUCUUUAUCAGGGGCAGACCGAGAAAAGCAUUGGGAGAUCUUCAUGUAUUCAAUAGACAUAGAAGCACAGCACAAAGGAAUGACAACAAAUGACAGUCUGGACCCUGAAACCAUUUUUUAAAACAGCUUUGUGGGCCUGACCCAAAGAUUGUUUUUAUUUCAAUGCUCAAAUGGUUGAGAGUAUGACGUCACUUUCCAAUGGCUGUGGAAAUGGGACCGUAGUUACCUCCCAGGCUGUUGAAAGAAGUGAUUUGCAUGAUGUUUACUGUCACAAUGGUCCCCUGUGCAGUAAGGAGGAUUCACAGGAUGAUCACCUCAACUCUUCCAAAUUAGCAAGCCUGUUUUCUACUCCAAAAAAACUAGCCAGCCCAAAUAAUGAAAGGCCACGUUCUAUGGGCAAUGUUGGUAAUUCCUCAACUUGGAAUGCUUUAUCCUCCCUGAGGAAGAUGGGAUCCUUCAAAAAAUUAAAAUCAUCUGUGCUCCAGGGAAUUCAGGCAAAAGAAAAUGCAGCUGUUGCAAAUGAUCAAGAUACAAGGAGUGAUAUCACAAAGUGUGCACCUAGUGAUUCUGCUUUAAACUAUCUGACUCCCUGCAGGUCAGCUUCUCGAGCCACAAGGGAUAAUUGUAAUUUGGUAGAUAUGCUCCAGUCAGAUGGAUCAGAUGUAGAUGAAACCGACAACCCCUUCUUGAGGAGUACUCAUAGAUCCCGUAGUAUACGACGUGCCUAUGGUGCUGGCCGAAUAAAUUUAUUGGAUCUUGACAAAACACAAAACACGCAGAGUCCUCUAAGACCUUUGUCCCCUGUAGGACAGGAGAAGAAGAAUUGUCAAGUUGUAAUCAAGCAUCAAGAAAAUAACCAAAUCAUUUACAGGAGAAGUAAAAGCACAGACAAUUUAAACUUUCUAAAAAAAAGCUCAUUUAAAAGGAAAUCUACCUCUAACCUAACAGAUAUAAAAUCCAAUAAUGAGAAAGAGAUCCUACAAAAGACUAUGCUAAGUACAUCACCAGAUUGUGAUAAACUAUCUGGGACACCAGAAAGAAGAUCAAAGCGAUGGAGAAGCCCAAUUAGGGCAAAGGAUUUUGAUAGGGUAUUAAAAAUUGUGAGCAAUGCUACAGACGGUCAAAGAAAAAGAGAGGGAAAUAAAUGUAACUCCCCUACUAAAGAGGAGUCCCAGAGAAGUAGACCAAACAGUCGGUUGCAUGAUGACUACUCUCGCAGAGUUUCUUCCAAUACCGAUGAGCGAAGGUGCAUAUUUAACCCCCACUCCCCAUUGUCAGAGGCAAACUGUCCUAAUUCCACGAGUUUGCACAUGGGCAGUCCUAACCUGGAAAUUAAGGUGCUGCCUGCUGAAAAGAAAACCUCAUCAGAUGGCCUACCCAUGGAAGCAUGCAGCAUAUCUCCUUCUCAUAGUAGCUUGAGUCAGUUGGCCAAUGAGGUUUUUUAUUCAGACUCUGAAGAAUCCAAACAUUCUCCUCUUUCUGUAUCAGAAUGUGAACCAGUUGGCACUCCUGUAAGACCCACUGCUCCUAAGCCUCAGAGCCCCAGUAUUGAAUUGUGCAAGUCCAGUGUUUCCAUCCAGUGCCCAAACUACAACAGCACUUUAUCUCUGAGCUCUAUGGAAAGUGAUGAAAGAGCUGAUGUCUCUGUCCAAAAGGUUGAUAGGAGCCCACUGUGUUUUAAAGACCCGAAAAAAACGAAUUUCUAUGAUGAUGGCAAUGAGGACAGUGGGGUCAGUAGUCACUCUCAGCUGAGUCUUAAUGUAGUCAGUGAAGAAAAACAGGAAGAGGUUGUUACUGAAGAAACCUGGAUAAAAUCUCCAUCUCAAGAUGAGGAACAAUCGGAACCUCAGAAGGCUGCACCUCGAAGAUGGAGCUCGGGCAAAAGCAGGUCGCGACCAAGGCCUCUUUCCGAUUAUGGUCAAUUAGGUAUUCGGAGUUUUUCCAUCCCUGAAGAUUCGGUUCCAAUGGAAUCACCAGAAGUGGAUUGUGGGACUUGUAGGUCACCCUUACGCUCUUUUAGUGAUGAAUCAAAGAUUCGAAAACCUAAUGUGAAUUACAAACAAAGACCCAUCUCUGUAAUAGGUGGGGUCAACUUCUAUGCAACAAGUGAAGAUGAAGAAAUUGGAGGAAUACUUCAACAACCAAUACAAAGGCCUCCAGUUCCAGCCCACAAAGUUCCCCCUUAUAAGGCUGUUUCGGCGCGCUUACGGCCGUUUCCCUUCUCUCAAAGCACACCAAUUGGACUUGAUCGAGUUGGGCGCAAACAACAGAUUAGGAUCUCCGAUGUUUCUACAGAUGGAGGAACUGAGUCUUCUGCUUUGGUUGAUGAUAAUGGAAGUGAGGAGGAUUACAGCUAUGAAGAGCUCUGCCAGGCCAAUCCAAGAUACUUACAACCUGGAGGAGAACAACUAGCUAUUAAUGAGUUGAUUAGUGAUGGCAGUGUUGUGUAUGCCGAAGCUUUGUGGGAUCAUGUUACCAUGGAUGACCAAGAACUGGCCUUCAAAGCAGGAGAUGUCAUUCGAGUUCUUGAGGCUUCAAAUAAAGACUGGUGGUGGGGCCGGAUAGGUGACUGUGAGGCCUGGUUUCCUGCUAGCUUUGUCAGGCUGCGAGUCAAUCAGGAGGAUGUGUCAGAACACUCUGGCAGCAUUCAGGAUGAAGACCAAAAUGCAGACGCUGGCAAGAUUCGUCUGAAGAACUCGGAAAAUAAGGAUCAGAUGAGGACGAAUGUUGUUAGAGAAAUAAUGAACACAGAAAGAGUCUAUAUCAAGCAUCUGAAAGAUAUCUGUGAGGGCUACAUCAAGCAGUGCCGGAAGCACACAAGCAUGUUUACAGAUGCACAGCUGAACACCAUCUUUGGAAACAUUGAAGAUAUUUAUAAGUUUCAAAAAAAGUUCUUGAUAGAUCUUGAAAAACAAUAUAACAAAGAUCAGCCUCAUCUGAGUGAAAUUGGAGGCAGUUUCCUUGCACAUCAAGACGGAUUUUCCAUCUACUCAGAAUAUUGUAACAACCACCCCAAUGCCUGUUUGGAGAUGUCAAACCUAAUGAAGCAGGGAAAAUAUCGGCACUUUUUUGAGGCCUGUCGGCUACUGAAUCAGAUGAUAGAUAUAGCUAUUGACGGCUUCCUGUUGACUCCGGUCCAGAAGAUAUGUAAAUACCCCCUGCAGCUUGCAGAGCUACUGAAAUACACAACCCAAGAGCACAGUGAUUACAGCAAAAUAAAAGAAGCCUAUGAAACCAUGAAAAAUGUUGCCUGCUUAAUUAAUGAGAGGAAAAGGCGUUUGGAAAGUAUAGACAAGAUUGCACGCUGGCAGGUUUCCAUUGUUGGAUGGGAAGGUCAGGACAUAUUGGCUCGAAGUUCAGAACUGAUCCACUCAGGAGAACUGACCAAAAUCUUCAAGCAAGGCAAGAGCCAGCAAAGGACUUUCUUUCUAUUUGACCAUCAAUUAGUAUUCUGCAAAAAAGAUUUGUUGCGUCGGGAUAUCCUGUAUUAUAAGGGUCGCAUCGACAUGGAUGAGAUGGCCUUUAAUGAUGUCGAAGAUGGGAAAGAUAGAGACUUUAACCUGAAUAUAAAGAAUGCAUUUAAAAUUGUAAACAAGCAGACAGACGAGGUCCAUUUGUUCUGUGCAAAGAGACUGGAGGACAAACGGAGAUGGCUUCAAGCGUUUUUGGAUGAGCAGAAAAGAGUUCAAGAGGACAAAGCUAUGGGAAUGGAAAUUUCAGAAGAGCAAAAGAAGCAAGCAAUGCAAAAUGCCAAGAGAGCUAGGCAUGGGAAGAUGAAAGGAGUUGCUUACAAUGGAUUUCCAACAGUCCCCCCUCAUCAGAACCUGCAUCCAAUGCACCAGCGUCACAUAACGGUACCAACCAGCAUUCCGCAACAGCAGGUUUUUGCUCUCGCAGAGCCCAAGAGGAAAGCUUCCCCGUUCUGGAAUACAAUCACAAAACUUACACCCUUCAAGAAGUAAGGCACGUGACGAAAAAAAACAAGCACCGAACGUGAAGGAGAAAUAUCUUACCUCUGAGGACUAGUUUGCUAUAUAAAGAUCAAGACUUUAGCUUUUGUAAUACAGAAGAUAAUGAAGAAAACUAAGCAAUGAAGGAAUACAAAAUGUGACUGAGCAGGGAUUAUUAUUUUUUCGUACAGUAUGUUCUUUAGUUGCCAUACAAAAAAGAAAUGACACGAUGAAUAUGUUAUUUAUUUCCUAACAAACGACUGAGUUUGAUUUUAAAUAUGUAAAUAUAAUUGUUUUUUUUUUUUCUUUGAAUGCGCUAUUCUGGCAACUUUCAUAUUUUGCCUUGUGCCUACUAGGUUUUGUUAAAUAUUAUUGGUAACAUUUUUAAUGAAAUCACCAAAACCUAAGAGAGUGUAUAUAUAUAUUAUUUUUUUUUGUACAGUUUGUGGUUCAUUUGUCAAUUAUCAAAGGAGUGAAGUCAAUGUAAAAUAUUGCACUCUGCCUAGUGUUGCCUGUUUAGUCUGAUACAUUCGGUAUUAAAUAUAUAAAUAUUGCUGCUGUGCAUUUCAGGAAGUACCACAGAGAUAUUAGUCCCGUAUUUUCUAAAAUAGCGUGUUUAUAAUAGUAGAAAAGUUUGUUUUGUCCCAGAUCAGAACAGGUGGAGGAUGACGGCACUCACACACUUCAUGAGAGAUGGUUCAAAUGGCCACGUGGAGCACCUGCAUGUAUAUCAAAUCUGCAGUCUCCAGUUCAUUGAUUUCUAUGCACACUUAAAGGGAAAGAUUGUGCAUUUCAAUUUUAAAUAGAAGCAUUUUUGCAAUAUACUUCCAUAAGCAGAUCUGCUUCUAGUAAAAGUUCUUACUGUUGUUUUGUUUUUCUUGCAGCAUACACACAUAUGCUGUGAGUGCUCUGUGCACCAGUAUUCAACGCCGUGCUUGUUAGAGAGCUGGCAGUCGUGUGUAUUGCAUCGGUGUAGACAGUGAGUCAUAGAAGCCGCUGCUGGCUCACUGAGGAGGCGUGGUGUUUGAAUACUGGUGCACAGGGCCUUGCCGUAUAUGUGCAGAUGCCUUUGAAAACCAGUAAUAAUUAUUACUAGAAGCAUUUUUGCUAAUGGAAGUAUAUUGCAAAAAAUGUUUUAUUUAUCAUUUAAAUGCACCCAUGCAAAUUUCAAUUUUGACCUCCCUAUCCCUUUAAUUGACUCCAUCUUGUUUUGUGGUGUGCAAGAGGACCCUCCAAUCCAGUACUAGGGAAAUUGGCUUCUACUAUAGCAAUCAUACAGUUUUAGAACACAUUUCUUUCUGCCUAAUAGAUUACCCUUCACUAUGCAUUUUAUAUGCUAAUAUUUAUGUCUAAACAUUUUCAGUUUGACUGACAUUGGCACAUGACCUUCUUUGAAAUGAAACGUGUUAACAUCUGUGUGACGAUUUUAAAGGGACAUUGAAAUCCCGGAACUAAAGUGAUGCAUUCCUUUUAGCUUUAGUAUUUAAAAAAAAAGCUGUCUAAGCGUGGCUGCCUUAAAGGGGCAUUAAAGUCUUUCUUUUCUUUGUUGCUUGUAAAAGGGGGCUUUUUAAACUAGAUGCUGAAACAGAAAACAUUUUUGUUCAUGUAGGAGUUGAUUAACUUUUGUCCGACAAACCCAUAAUGCACAAAAAUACACUUUAUUAGCUCCAAAAUAAACAAAUCUAAAGUUCAAAAAUCUAGUUCAAAAUGCUUUUGAACAUGUUAAUGUCCCUUUAAGGGGGAAAUCUGCUUUACCCUAAAGGGACACAAAAUGCAAAAUUUUUCUUUCAGAUUCUGAUAGAUCAUACAAUGUUAAACAACUUUCCCUUUAAAUAACUUUCCAUUUUACUUCUAUUAUCAAAUUCGCUUUAUUCUCUUGUUAUCUUUUUUGGAAGGCGCAGCAAUGCAUUACUGCUCCUGAGGCUACCUAGGUAUACGUUUCAACAAAGGAUACAAAAUAACAAAGCAAAAUUAGAUAAUUGAAGUAAAGUUGAAAGUUGUUUCAAACUGAAUAAAUCCUUAAAGUUUGUUUUUGACUUAACUGUCCCUUUUUAAUGUGUUUCCAAUGACGUGUCAUACAGCAGCAUUGUAUUAAACAUAUGGGAAAUUGCACCUUUAGGUUUAUUUUUGUAUUUGUAAUAGUUGGUUCUGCUCAUUGUAACUAAGUCUCAUUUUUCUCAAGAACAAGGCAUUCAAAUGGACAGUGCCUACAGGAAAACAGGCCUGCUUAUCCUCCCUCUCUGCCCACAAAAAACAAUACUUAUGUAAAUACAUUUCUAUUAUGGGUGGUGGUUUCAAUUAGGAAAAAGAAGAAGCUAUUUCUAUUGCAAGAAUGAGCCUAAAGAAGCAACUUCCAAUAGUCCAAUGCAGCUGGAAUAACGACUCAUUGGUAACUCCUUAAGGUAACAAAUUACUGUACAGUGUCCCUUUUUAGUAGCAACCUGGAAAUGUUUGCUUUCCCCCCUUUUUUUUUUCUUCCCAAAGCUGGUGUUUAUUUUGCAACAAAAAUGAUAAAAUGAAUGCAUCACAUUUUAUGUCCCUAUAAAUAUUUCCAAUCGUACUGCUCCAUGCAAGCGAAUCUAAACAUUUUUAUUUAUUUUGAAUAGCUAACAAAGCGCUUUUAUUGUUAUUUUGUAUCUAUUUUUCAUAAUGAAAAAGUUUUUUUGUAUUUUUUUUUUUGAGCAUAGGAUAAAGAGGUUUAGUAAAUUACAUAAGUUCUAAUUAGUUGUGAAAAUGUAUACGAUUGUUAACACUGGAAUGUAUUAUUUUCAAUUCAGUGUUAAUAUGAAACAUGAACCUUUUGAAACCUAUUUGUAAUGAUUUUUAUGACUGAAGUGUUUUACUGUUACAUUUGGUAAAAUUCUUGUUGACAUUGUUGGAACCUAAAACAAACAAAAACAAAUGCUUAUUUACCAAGUGAAA